UUCAAGUUUUUAUUUCCAUUUUCAUUUUUUUGUGUUCUUUUAGGUUAUUAAGUGUGUUUUUGGUAGCAGAACUAUGAACGUUUUUGAAUGAAUUGAACAGAGAUUGAUGAUAGGAUUUGAUGAAUUUUUUGAUAGGAUUUGAUGAAUAUUUUUGUAUUCUUUGCCGUGUUGUUGCCUGAUAGGAUUUGAUGAAUUUUUGAAAAGCAUUUGAUGCUUGAAAAAUCUUGUAUCUCAUUUUGCAAAACUGUUUAGAUAAACCUACGCCAAGGAAAAACCUGCAAUCUCAUCAUGCCCCCCUUCAUCCAGAUCAUUUGAUUCUAAAUUGAAUUUUUCACUCGAUGUUGCUCAACUUGCCCCAUACCCACAAAAUCCCCUGGCUUCCUUUCUCAAACAUCCAGAGGUAUAGUUAUGUGAAUGUGUACAUGAAAUGGAAAAAAGAUUCAUACUAUGACUCGAUUGAGCACAUUCACCACUCUAUUCAGCUCAAGCCGGUUAUUGCCCUAAAAAAUUCCAUUGUCCAGAGUCCUAAUGGGUGCAUCCCUAUCUCUGCUGUAUCUAAGAGGGGAUUACAGUUAGAUGUGCCAAUGAAGGUUUCAAGAUUUAUGAGGCAAUAUCCCUCCAUUUUUGAAGAGUUUAGAGGUCCUGCGUGUAAUCAUCCUUGGUUUAGGAUGACAACUGAAGCUGCUGAGAUUGACAGGGAUGAGAAAAAAGUAUAUGAAGAAAGUAGGGAGGAAUUAAGAUCCAGGUUGAGGAAGAUGAUAUUGAUGACCAAAGAGAAUGUUCUACCUUUAAAGAUAAUUCAAGGGAUGCAAUGGUAUUUGGGCUUGCCUAGUGAUUUUUUGCAGCACCCAGAACAAAAUCUUGAUGAAUCCUUCAGGUUUGUAGAGAUGGAAGAUGGACUGAAGGGGCUGGCUCUUGAAAGCAGAGAGAGGGUUUAUUCUGUACUGGAGAAGAAUGCCAUAAAAGGAGGUUUGAACUUCGAUGGUUCAUCGGCAGAUGCAAUUGAAUUUCCUUUUUUUCCAUCAAAAGCUUUAAGGGUGAAAAGUAAGAUUGUAAUUUGGCUACAUGAAUUUCAGAAGCUACCAUAUAUUUCACCCUAUGAGGAUUUUUCAAAUUUGGAUCCAAACAGUGACAUAGCAGAGAAAAGACUUAUUGGCGUUCUUCAUGAACUGCUUUCCCUAUUUAUUGAUCAUUCAGCCGAAAGAAGAAAGCUCCUUUGUCUCAAGAAGUAUUUUGGCUUUCCACAGAAAGUGCAUAGAGCAUUCGAGCGGCAUCCCCAUAUGUUUUACAUGUCUUUUAGGAAUAAAACAUGCACCGUUAUUCUUAAAGAAGCUUACUGCAAUGAAUUGGCUAUUGAGAAGCAUCCUCUUUUGAGUGUGAGGAAGAGAUACAUCAAGUUGAUGAAGGAAUCAGAAAUGAUUUUGAAGAACAGGAGGAUGAAAAAUGGAUUUUCUAAUUGCACUGAAAAACUCAAUUUAGAGUCAAAUGAUCUGGAUGAAGGGGGGACAUGAUAUUGCAGGUUUUUCCUUGGAGUAUGUUUAUCUAAAAUUUUUACAGCUUUUAAUUUAUUUAUUAUUUUUGUUUUUCUAUAUAUUUGAUUUGAUUGCCAAGUGUUGUGCUCACUUUCAAUUGUAUUUCUAACUAGUUAAGAAAUCGGUGUGGUUCUGUUCCAAUUUUGAUGUAUGUGUUGUUCAAGAUAUAUUAUUUCAUGUCUAAUGUUGAAUUUGGUAUGAUUUCCAAAUCUUCCAUAGUGGUUUCACAUAAUUUGGCUAUCUUUACUAAAAAACCCGGACUUCAUGAUUUUUUUGUUUACAAUUACUGCCCUUUUUUAUUGUUGAUUUUGUGUUGUAUUCCUU